AUGGGAAAAGGUUUCUCGGAAGAGGAAGUAGACCAGCACCGUCAGAGAUUACUGACCCCCAAGAUGAUGGACCUGUUUGCUGUCAUCUGCAUCCGGACCAGUCACUACGUAGCGUUUGUCAAAGCCGGAAGGGAGAAGGAUUCGGAAUGGGUGUUCUUUGACAGUAUGGCCGAUCGGCAGGGUGACCAGCAGGGUUAUUACAUCCCUCAGGUCACACACCUCAAGGAUUUCCGGAGAUGGGUGGACGUGGAUCACAUCAAGGCCCGCAUCGAGGGCAAGCAACUGACUGAGAUCAUCGAGAGGUUACUGGGAGAUGCAUACAUCUACAUGUACUCAGAUAGCGAGCAACACAACCAGUUUUAUCUAUAAUAGCCUAUAGAUAAAAUCUUACUGAUCAAUUAAUGAAUGAAGACUGAAGGUGCUGCUACGUACUCAGCCAAUCAGCUCGGUCGUUACUGCAGUGUCUAAGGCUGGAAGCAUUGCAAAUAUUUUGCUUGAUGCUAAGACUCGGGUUGCAGAAAUUUGGUUACAGAAAUUGGGUUGGGAGUUACCCACAUCCCCACAUUCCCCCUCCUAGUUACAACACUGUAUUGUGAGAGUGCUUCACAGCAACUGUUAAUGACACUGUGUGGCAUACCUGAUAGAACCAGAGAUGCAUAUAUUUCAUACGCGCAGUCACACACACCAUUUUCUCUGUACAUUUAUAACACAAUAUUACCCCUGUUCAGCAGGCCACACAAAAAAGUAGAUGUUACAACAGUUUGGAAAUGUACAUUUAGGGAGUUGCACUCCCAUUGAUCAGAAACCCUUUUUUUUUUAAAACUAAGUUAAGAAUUGAAUUAAUGAAUCCAGUAAUCCAUUUUUACAUUAUAGCUUGAACUGAAAUACUUGUAAACAGAAUCAUGAAGUUCACAAAUGAUAUUAUGUGUACUUGUUACAUUUCUUUACACAGAUUGACUUGAAAAGUAAACCGAGGAGUGCCAACUUAGGGCUGAAUAUACUUGUUGAUAGCAGUAAAGGUAUCCUACAAAUAAGUUUCUGAUCCACAUUUUGUCAGAACUCAUUGUUUUUGAGUUGAAAAGAUCUCACAUACAUGUAUUAUGCGUCGGUUGUGGUAUUGUUUUUGUUUUUCUUGAGUAAUUGAUGUAUUUGAUAAAUUUAAAGGUGGUACAUGAAAAGUGUCUUAGAAAUGCAUUCAUAUGUGGCCUUUCAGCCAUUUUUUUUCUGUUUAUAAAACUACAGUAUUCAAGACAUGUUUGAGAAAAUGGGAAAUCUUUAUUACUGUAAUGACCAUUGCUCACAGAUUGUUGGCUUUAUACAUGUUCUUUAACCAGAUUGAGAUAGGUUAGUCAAGAAGAGGUCAAAGGCCAAACUGGUUUUGAUGCUUCCGACAGUAAUCAGUUUUGUAUAUUUUUAGCAGAUACUCAGACAAGGGAAACCUUUCCCCUUUUAUAUUUUCUUGGCUAUCAUUUACAAAUAAGAGGAAGUUGAUAGAAAACCUAAUUUUGAUGUACAUGUACAUUUAUUCUACUGAUUGUCCUGUUUAGAUGUUAAGUUUGUGUUCUUGUUUAGUUUUUGCUUUUGAAAUCGUAUUGUCCCGUUUCGUUGCCCUCCAUCCUUAUUUGUCACUGUUCUGUUGAUUUUCUUGUCCAGGGAAAAGAAACAUAAAUUCUGAUUCCGUUUGUGCUUUUAAAACCCUCCUUUACUUAUAACUAUAACAAACUGUCAAAAAACCCAACCCCUAACUCUCUCUUUUGUACAGGCUGGUCACCAACUACCAGAAAUCCCUAUGGAUUUUCGUAUAACUGGUUUGAUCGAUUGGUUGACCAUUAAUACUGCUACAGCUUGUGUAGUAGCCAUUUUAAUUAACCUGUCAAUUUUGCUUAUAUGAGGCCAGUUUACAGACCUGUUAAAACUUGUAACCUGAUAGAUUUUGAUUCGUAGGGCUACAGAUUGUCACUGAGAGAGGGAGGGUUAAUAAUAUUGUUUCCUGUAGCGCUUUACAAAUGUGCCAGGUACAGUUAUUCUAUAGAGCUCAUCAGUAAAAUUAAAAAUACAUGUAAUAUCAUUUGUGUUACAUUUUUAUGUGCUCAACACUGGGAGGGAGUGGUGUGAUGACCCGAGAAGAAGAAGAUGGAGAAAAAAACCCAACAAAGUUCCUUUCGAGAAUGUUAAUAGAGAAUUCAUUUACAAAGUUCAACAAAGUUCCGGCUUGGUUUAAAAUAACAAUUAAGCUUUAUUUACAUAAGGAAGACAAUGUAGAGCAUAUUUAGGAUUACUGAAAUGAGGUGGUGUAUGAAAUAGCUGACAAUGCUGCAAGAAAGAAUGAGUUUGGAGUUACAGUACUUACUUAGAGCAGAUGAGGAUGAAAAAUCAUUCAAUCACUACUGUAAACUGUUUCCUUUAGAAAAACUGCUUGAAAUUUAUCAAUAACCUUUGUAUCCUGUCAUUAAAUGACAUCUUAAGAACUGUAUAAUUAUAUAAAAAUGUGCAAUUAAUGAAAUUUUUCAGUGCAAUUUGCAAAAAGUGAUUUAACAAAGCUAUAUACAUAAAAUUAAAUCAUUCUAGUGCAUACUUA